GAGAGAGGGCAGUAUGUGUUUUUAUUGAACGGCGGCAAAUACAAAACAAAUGGUUUGAGUUUUUGGUUCAUAAGAUGGAGCAAGAAAAUGUGUUCAAAAAGCUGCGCCAUCUAGCAGCCAAAGUAGAGAAAGAUAGCAAGCACAUCGAGACGUGUAUUAACAUGCCAUCUCACAUGCGUCCAGGGGCUAGAUCAGCUGAACUCAUUCUCAAAGAACUUCAAUGCAACGUACAAACUAUGACGUUACAAGCCCAGAAUGAUUUGAAGGAAUUGCAAGGGCAGGUUUCCUUUAGGAAUCUCCUAGAUAAUGUGCAGAUUGUUGCAGAUCUGACCAAAGAAAGGUUACAUCUAUUGGACGAGAACUUACAAAAGUAUGGUUACAAGAAAGCAGAGUCCAUAGAAGCCAAUAGCAAUAAUCAAGAUUCAACAGAUUAUGUCGAAGACAAGGAAAACCAAGGACCUGAUGAGGAACCCAUGCAGCAAUAUCCACAAACUCCAAAGCACUCAGCCACCUGUGCAGCACUCAAAUUCCAAAUGGACACCGCAACAAGGACUCCGACACUUGCCGAUUUCGGCAUCAGUCGACAAACACUGGAUUUCUUGGCUAAGCAAAACAUGGCCUCUCAAAGGAAAAUAAAGAUAAAAAAGGUUGACUUAGCUGGGACCCCUUUUAAGAAAUCACCUGCUCUAAGUUCAGCAACACAGGAGGAGUUAGAAUCGCCAUUUGAUCCAAAUGUAGUCCUUACUCCUGGUCUGUUUGGAUAUGGAAGGAAGAUACCUACAAAUACUCCCGAACAUAUGCAAGGUUCAGCCUAUUUGAAUUCACCCAUCCCUCCCAUUCUACAAACACCUGGAUUGAGGCAGAUAACCAAGGAGGAUGGUGACACAAUGUGCUUGAACGCUGCUGCUUCACACAAUGCAAGAGCUGCGCAGAAUUGUGAAAACAGCUUCUAUGCUCCAACUCCUCUUCAGUCCAGAUCAAUGAUCAGCAUUCAUCCAACACCAACCAGUUAUCAUCCAACCAGCAUUAUCCAGAGAAACAUCGUUCCCCAACCAAAGAGUAUGUGGCAAGCAGAACCUACUAGCGACAACACACCAACCAUGCCGGAAUUGAAGUACCAAGUUCCUUCACAUAAUUCUCCAGAUGAUCCAGAACUCAUCUCCAAUGCCUUAGACAUCAAUUCAGGACUGCCAUCCAGUUCUUCAUUGCAUCAUGAUUAUGGAACGCCUACUGAACCACAAUUGAUGCUAGCAACAGAGCCUGAGAAAGUACCCCAGAAGCCAGUUCUGUUGCUUCAAGAAAACAGUGAUCCCGCAAAAGCAACAUUGCCAGCUGAACCAUGUUUACUAUCAAAUCAAUUGGCAACAAAUCACAACACAUCUAGUGGUUUUGCCAGUGCUCCUACACCAUUCAAAGCCUUCAGGAACUUCCAUGACACGGAAGAAAUGCCAAAAACACCAGAACUAACAUUCUCUUAUUCAAGGUAUGUUGAUGUCGCAGCUUCAUUGGCAAGUUCAAAAGAUAAAAGUUUGUCUUCAGCUAUGCCAGAUGUUGAGGGUGAUGAAAGUGGAUUGUCUUUGAAUUGUGUACCAACUACUUCACCAAGUACCGUAGAUGCUGAAUCUGUUGAUAUUGAAAUCGUAAGGAACCCAAGUAGCAAAUGUCAAAAAUCUGGUUUGAUUGCUCUGGUAUCUGAGGAAGAGUUCCAGCAGCAGUCUAGCUUUCUUCAGAGACUUCUACCUUUGAAUGAUGUCAAUGCUUGGGUCAAGAUACUUAACAAAUACAUAGCCAGAAAGACAGAAGGCCAGUUCCUGUUGGAGAGUGACAUAAGUAAAAUCGGCAUAGGACCACGAGCAAAGACUUUACUGCUGCUGCUAGUUAAGUUGAAGCGUCUGAGUCAAGGAAGGCCAAACGAUGCUGGUGAUCAAGCAUAUUUUGUCAUUUAGUGCGCAUUCCACAGAAAACAAUGUCUAUAAAUAACUACUAUACAACCAGGAUGUGAUCACACAAACCUGACGUUAAAGCUGGUUUUCAUAAAAUUCCUACACUCAUGCUACAACAAUUACAACAAUGUGUAUUUUUUUUUUUUUUUUUGACGUAAUUAGAAAUCAUCGCUGACAAAUCUGAACUGGGUUUAAUCCUCCCAUUUGUCUGUGAUGACUCAUAACAGCUAAAUUCACUAUUAAUUGUCAUCACCUUUCCGACCAAUCAUCACACUUGAUGUUCUUCAGCAACUAUUUCAUCUUUUGGUAAACAGUUAACCAAAAUCGAUCAAAUAUUUCUAUUUUUUGUAGGAAAAUAGCAUAUAUAAAGGAUGUUUUCUGGAUAAAUCUACAGUAGACUGCAAUGCAGAUGUAACAAUAGGAGUACAGUAAGGCUGUAUGUGGCUUUACAUUCUAAUAUCUACCAUGGAUGAAUAAGUACUAAAUGUAUUCCUCCAUGGUUAAACAACAAAUUUAAUGUACUUUAUUUAAUGAAAUAGGCCUGUUCUGCUACCAACAACCGUAACAUAGAAUGUUAAAUAAAAGUAGGCGUAACAAUCGUAGAAUAGUAUCAUUAAAGUUCACUCUGAGCGCAAUAGUAUUGUAGAAGAGCAAACGUGAUAAUAAUAUAAUCAUCACACCCUUCCUUUGCCGCUCCUUACCAGACAUAAUAUUUCCGCUUCUUACUGAAGUAUUAGCUGAUGCAGCCAAAUAUAUA